CCAUGCAUUUUCUGCCAAGAAACUCAGACCUUAGGGAUAAGAAAACAGAAAAACAAAGAAAGAGAGCUCUAAAAUGAGCUGCUCAUUCAGCUUCCAAAUUCCUCCGGCGCUGCCUUCUCUCAGCCGUUCCCGGCGUUCUUCUCUUCCAGUCACUUCCCAACACAGACAUGCCAUCAAUGUCAAGCCUGAAAAGGCACAAGCUUUCUUUCUCAAUCUCCAAUUUCCAUUCUAAAAAAAUUAUCCAGAUCGUUAAAAGGAUCCGAACUUUUUCCUUUUCAGAUCAGUCAAAAGCCAACCGACUAUUCCACCUGAAGAAAUCUAGCUUGGCAAUUCAAGUUGGAGAAGGUUUGGCCACUAUUGAGCAGCCUGCGUUUGCUGUCACUGGUAUAAACUACGAGGAAGAUUUGACAUGGGUUUUAAUACAGUCAGGAGUUGUUGCCUUCUGGUACUUCCUUAUCAUGCCACCAAUCAUCAUGAACUGGCUUCGGAUUAGGUGGUACAAGAGAAAUCUCCUAGAGAUGUACUUUCAGUUCAUGUUUUGUCUUCUUGUUCUUCCCUGCGCAAGUGCCCCUUUUUUAAUCAUCUCAUUUGGUUUCUUCUUGAUUAUCCUAAACAAACCACCAAAAUUUGGGGAAGUGAUUCCGCACACUUCUGCUUAUUUCUCGUCUUCGAAAUGAAAUCAAAAGUGAGUCGAAAUACAAAAUGAUGAAAGAAAAAUGAAUUGUAGGGAAAUCAUUUCUCCAAAUUUGAGUUAUUGAAAAGCAGACGUGGAUUCCUGACCAAAUAAAAGCCGGGUUUCUAAA